AUGAGCACCAUCGAGCAGUGUCCUGCUGAGACAAUUGAUAAUAUCGUCUCGUUUCUCAACUUGCGCGAUAUUUGCAAUCUCCGCCUCACGAGCCGCGGUCUGGCACUCAGGGUCUUCGGAGCCCCGUCUUUCGGAUCCCACCUAGAGCAAAGACAGGUCGACGUUACGGAGCGCAGCCUCCGGGCCGUAGCCGAGGCAACAGCAAAGCCCGGCCGACUAGGUUGCUUCAUUAGCGACUUGGUACUGGUCGGCGUGGUGAACAACACUAAAUUCCUCACGCAAGAGGUCAAGUAUACUACAGGGGACGCAGGACAUCGCGCAAAGCAGCAGCAGGACCUCGAGAUCCUGACUCGACGGCAAACAGAGUAUGAAACCCUACAUGCGUCUCGCGGUGAUAUUCUCCUGCUGAGUCAGAUAUUCCGCAACCUCAUGGCCCAUGGUAGGCGCCGGGGUCUCCGCUCCUUAUCCCUGACAGUCGUGGUGUAUCGCGAGGACGCGCAGACGAGACUGCUCCCCAAAGACGGGUUCGGCUGGACCCUGAUCUGGCAGGCUGCCGCCGACACGUUCCUUACGGCGCUGGCGGCAUUCGCGGCAAGUGGGAUCGCGGUACAGCGGCUCGACGUCUACAACAGUAUAGAGCGGUGCAGCCUAGCGUGUAACGAGCCUAGUGCCGUGAACUUUGAAUACAAUAUGCUAGCGACGUCACUCGCGUCGCUGAAAACACUCGCCGUAAGCUUUUCGGAUCGGGUUAUCAAUGAAAGGACAGAGGAUCUCGGCCUAACAGGCGACCCAUCGGACACGUGGGACGAGCAUUUGGAAGAUGAGUUGAGGGAACGUGAAGAUAUAGAGAAUGAGGUGUAUCAGGAUUCGACGUUUACUGGCCUCCCCGCCCUGGUACAACGCUGCCGGGGGCUCGAGAGUCUAGAACUCCAUCAUUAUCAACUUAAGGAUCUGAUCCUCUCGGAAGAGGAUCUGAUCUUCUCGGGACUCAACCGGUACCGUGAACGAUUCUUCCCGUACAUAGCCGAGAUGAUCCCGCUACCUCCCUUGAAGCGCGUCGUUCUCCGCGGAUUACGGGUGAGAUCAGCAGAUAUACUAGCCUUUAUACAGAGGCUACAGCCAACUUUAAGAGAGCUAUCGCUGCAGCACGUGAUUCUCCUCGACGGGGCAAAGUUCGAAACUAUCUUCGGCUACUGCAUAUCUGAGGAGGCUGGCUUGGAGCGGUUGUACUUGGACCAUUUGCUGGAGCCAGUAGUGAUGGCUAGUGGCGCGUACAACUACCGUCGACUGGUCUACUUUACCGGGGAACCUAACCAGGAGCCUAAGCUCCGGCGCAGGGACCUCCCACACCGCGGUAGUAACACAGUGGAUAGGAUAGGUGCAGCACAAAUCAGGCGGCCUAUUCCGUACUUCUCAGUCUCUGUCCCAAUGAGAGAAAGGGGCAAUAGGCUUGGCGCCCAUUAUCCGCACAGCAGGCCUUACUUGUCUCUAUGUCUUUACGGGCAGCGGGAUUAUGGACCCCCAUGA